ACUUCACCAACCACAGCCAGUAGAUACCACAAUCAGUUCUUCAACAGAGUUUCGUGCAUCACAAACUGAAAAAGCAAUGGUGCGCUGGAUGGUGCAAGUAUUGCUGCUGGGCGUCGUGCUGCUGACUGCUGCCACCCAGGACUCUGAAGAACAUAAGAAAGAAGAGGAAGAAUAUUAUGCUGACGUGGGAGAUGGUCGUGGUCCACCACAGAACGUGACAGUGACGCCAGGUUUGACAAGUCUCACUGUGUCGUGGGAUCCACCUGAUGAUCCUCCUCUCUACUACUCCUUGACUGUUGGUAGUGACACUCAAGUAGUAUAUGGAACUUCGGUCGUCAUUAACAACUUACAACCUUGUCAAUAUUGUACUAUAUCUGUGAUAUCUGUGUACCAGGACGAGGAGUCGCUACCAGCGUACAGCAGCGGUACAACACUGAACUCAGUGCCGCCGCCACCACAAAGUUGCUGGUUUGAAGACAUCACGAACACAGCUAUGAUGCUGCACUGGCAAGACGCAGAUAUUAAGUGUGCAAUUACCAACCACAACAUCAGCUGGUCAUGGGACGUCUUGUGGAGUGAUGAAGCUGGUUCAGAUGUCACCACUAACAUGGGUAAUCACAUCAGACUGCGCGACCUUUCUUCCUAUACCAACGUCACAGCAGAAGUUGCAUCAUAUACAGCCUCUGGUUAUGGUCCGUCCAUAAGUUGCUGGGAUGUUACAUCUCAGGAAAUGAAAUAUAUGGUGAGACCAGUACCUGGAGCACCAGUGAUCACCAGCGUGACGUCGUCAGCACAGACACUGCAUGUCACCUGGUCACCACCUGACCAGGUUAAAGGAGUAAUAAUACAAUACUCUAUCAACAUUAAGAAUGAAGAAGAUCUUCAUCCAUCAGUGUUGAUGGAAGUGUGACGGAAACAGAAGUCAGUAACUUAACAAAAUGUUCAACAUACAGUGUAAAUGUUGUAGCAGCAACUGAGGCUGGCUGGGGACCACCAUCUCAAGAUCAAGAUACUUUAAUUGGUGGUACUGUUCCGCCAAGUGACGUCCAGUGUAAUCUCGAGGGAGACAGAGUGAGAGUGUGUUGGACUCCCUCCCCGCAAGAAUGUACCGAUGUUGGCAACGUCUACUACAACAUCAACUGGCAUGGUGAUGUACUCUGGUCCAGUAAUGAAGAUGAAGACAGUGAUGUGAUGCCGUGGCAAGAACAGCAACAAUGUUACAAGCUGCCAUCCUCUGUUCCAUAUACGAAUUACAGUGUUUGUGUAGCGGUAAAUAAUGAAGUGGGAGAUAAUGGCUGUUGUCUUCAAACUACUCCAC